AUGCCGUCGGAACGCGACUACCAAAUUUCCCCCAUUGUGCAGGAAUCCGUGAUGCACAACACCAAGAGUCUUUCGGCAUCCCUCUUCGGUGUCGCGGCUGGCAUCCUCGGUCUCGAAUCGUACAGCGGCUUCCUGUUCUACCUCGUCUUCUCCCUCAUCACCGCCGCUUUGUUCUACGUUCUGCGCAUCGCUCCCGAAUCGACAUCAGCAGGCCUUCCAUUCCUCAGCACGAGCCGCUACUUCAAGGGACCAUUCGACUUCUGGACAAGUGGGCUGCUCGGAGGUCUUUCUGGUUUCAUUCUCACCUGGACGUUGUUCUAUGGUUUGGUGAGGGCAUAA